UCUCAGUGUGUCCGACGGACAAAUGGACGCCGUCGCUGCGCAAGUCACAUUACAGGUACUCCUUCUAUUGUCAUCAUCGCCGACAACCGUCGUCCGAGUUCUGUGCGGCCGUCCCGUGUGGCUGACCGACGGCGAUACACUGUACUUAAGAUGGCAGAGCGGGCUGGGCUUGUUGAACCGCUGUUCCGUGGUGCUGCCCAACGGCACAGAGACGACGCUGUCCGACGUAGCCGCCACCGUCAACACCCCAGCUAAUCUCACGUACCUGGGCGACGGUUACCAGUCGGGGCAAUGCGGUCUCAGGGCCGUAAGCGUCACGCCCGGCGUCGGAAAUUGGACGCUAACCGCGUCAUCGGUGGACGGGCGAUACGGUCGGGACACGAGUCGCGUCACAUGUGUCGCGAAACAAUGGCCCAGGUCGACGACGAUCCGUGUGCCAGUUGGUACCGCAGUGAACGUCACGUGCGGACCACCGAAAGCGUUUUACUGCCGCAUGUCCGGCCCGUCCGGCGAAGUGUCGAGGCAUAAAGGUCAGUGUUGGGUGCACGUCAAGUCUGUUGGAUCGCAUCACCAGGACGUGUGGACAUGCUGGUCAGUUACUGCUGAGUCCGCGGUCGAAGUUCAGUACACCCUUCGCCUCCACGCUUACCGAGAGGGCGCAAUAACGGAAAUCGGAUACGACGAAACAGCUUCCGAAGUGCGGGUGUUCUGCAACGUCCGUGAUAGUACCUCCACAAUAGUCGACAAAGGUGACAGCAUUGCUGUUGGUCGGGACGAUGACUUUCAGUCCAAAUACUGCAGGCUUACGUUACCACAAGACACAAAGAUCCUGUCACUAGCGUACGGUAGAGGCACUAGUCGGUAUUCGUACCACGGUGCAACGUACAAUGAUUGUGGUGUGUCGUUCGCAAAACCGCUAAGACAGUCCGAAAUUGGCCGAUGGAAAUGCAUGAACGCUAUGUCCGACGACCGCGUUUACGGCGGAUUCAUCGUCGUAGUACCAGCCAACAAUACGAAAGCAGGUAUACCACCGCUCACGGUGACAGCCAGCAAAUCUGUUAUGGUGCCCAAAGGCAACACGUUUCAUGUAGAGUGCAGUGUACAUUCAGAGAUCGACUAUUGUUGGUUGCGGCACCCCAACGGUACUGCUAUUCCGGUGACAGUUCCGGACAGAACUGCAAACGACGACCGGAAUAGGAUUGGAACUAGGUACCGGUAUACAGGUGAAGGGUUGUCAUUUGGCCAAUGCCACGUAGCCAUCGGUGACGCUUCCACAUCAGACACAGGUGCUUGGCUUUGCGCUCUGGGUCUACGUGACGACCGCCGUGAAAUGUACGGCACGGUGGACAUUACGGUUUCCGAAUCCGUGAUUGCAGCCCGCCAGGAGGAAGUAUACGCGACCGAAGGCAGUCGGGUGAUGUUAGGAUGUGACACAGUCGAAAAACAGCCUAUAGCCUACUGCCGAUUUCUCACACCACGUUUAUUUGGAUUUGCCGUAGACGAGAAAUCGAACUCGCAGCCACCGCCUCGGUAUGCGUAUUCUGGCCAAGGACUGACGGCAGGCCAUUGUGGUUUGUCCAUCGACCGCGUGGACGAUUCCGACUACGGAAACUGGACAUGCGCCGUGAAAAUCCUCGAUUCUUCCGGAUCUGAAGAAGUCAGCACGACUGUUAUAUUGCGAAAACCCGAAGGGUUUACGAUGAUCCAGAUCAUCGGCAUCGUGUUAUGUGGCACUAUGAUAUCCAUCUUGUCGCUGUUUUUUGCCAAUCAUCUCAUUACAAAUCCGUCGGCAAAGACUAGGAAAAAAAUAGAAAAAUUAGAAAUGCAGCUCGAAGCGGGCGAACAAAGUGCGAGUCGCAAGGUCGGCGCCAGACGUGCUCAAAACAGCACCCGUGUGAUCAGAACUCCGCCGAGUCGAAGCAAACUGGGAUCCAUACCUCGGAGAAUUUGACCGCUGCACUCGAUUAUUUUAUUCGUCGCGAUUAAUAACUUUUCGAGUACUUGUAAUGCGGGAUCUUUACUGCAAAUAACAACACUCUAGUUCGAUUCCACUCGAUAAUAAUCAAUUAAUGUCUACGUCUAUUGAUACAUUCACGAUUACAAUGGCGUAUAAUAACAAAUAACAAUAAACUGACCUCUGUGGGUUAUAUUUUA